CGCUACCGUCUGGGUGUGUGUAAACAGUGGCUGAGAGGCAAAUAUCCCUGUAUCCCUGACGUACGCUUGCCGCACUGUACACGCCCCCGAGGAGUGCAGUGAUGCAGUAACACUCAGCCAAUGAACUUGACCAAAAGCAAACACUACGGCGUGGACCCACGUUCUCUGGGCCUGUUUUGUCCAUUACGUCGUUCUGCAUCCUGCGUUGGAGCACUGUAUAAAGACCUCUGUCCAGCGACUGUCACUCAUUAUCACACCAUUACAACACCGCUCAAUCCAUCUACACAACCUCCAAUACUUCCUACUCAAUACCCCUCAACCAACCAAUCAAUCAACCCAUCUCACCUUCAAAAUGGACAAGGCUAAGUCUGCCAUCAACGAGUUCAUGUCCAAGUCUGGACACCAUGACACCACUGUCCACGAGGCGGUUGCCCCUGCUGUUCAGCACGAGGUCGUCAAGCCUCACCAGCAUGAGGAGAUCCUGACUGCCGUCGACAAGGAGGUUCACCAGGACCACUACCACCGCACCGUCCAGCCCAUCCAGGACCGCGAGGUUCUCCCCGAGCAACACACUGCUAAGCUCGGUGCUGUUCAGCACCGCGAGUUCGACCACCGCGAUGCUGAGGCCACAAAGAUGGCUCUCAUUGCUGAGCAGCAGCUCUUCAAGGAUGAGAGGCGUGUAGACCAGACGACCUACAGCCAGAGCGCAGCGGCCACUGUUGGCGGCGAGCACAUCCACCACCACAUCCACGAGACCAUCCAGCCAGUCAUCCAGCGGGAGGUUAUCCAGCCCCAAGUCAUCCACACCACCGUGCCCAUCCACGAGGUUCACCAUAACAAGGCUACCCUCCACGAGGUUACUGCCCUGCCUGUCAUGACUAUGGAUCAGUUCAAGGCCAAGGGUGGAUCUCUUGCUGGCCGCGAGGAGCGAUACGACGCAUUCGAGGGUGUCCCCAAGAACAUUGGCGCUGGCGCAGUCGGUGGCUUCAGUGCUAUCCAGGGUGACCACAAGCGUGACAGCCACAACAUCUCCCCUGCUCUGAAGGGUGAGGCUGCUCACGGAGACUUCCACGGCAAGACUCAUCACGACCACCACGCUGGACGUGUCGGUACCGACGGUGUCAUUGGCGGCCGCACCCGCAGGGGUUCGUCCACCAGCAGCUCCGACAACGAGUCCCGCCGCACUACUGGCACUACCGCCACUGGCAAGAAGCCCAGCCUGAUGGACAAGCUCAACCCCAAGGUCGACUCCAACGGUGACGGCACCCGUGGCUUCAUGAAAUAGAUGCGGACCUAGUAGUGGUGUCUCUUUUCAUAAGCAUUUGAUACCGGCAAAUAGCCUACC